AAAGCAUCUUUUAAACCGUCUUCCAUGCAAAAAAAAAAAAAAAAAAUGCAUUAAAAUAAAUAAGCAGCUACUCGUUUCUUUACUCUCUGUCGGUCGCGAGAGUCUCGUGAACAGCAGCAGUUUAACGCGAGAAAACGUUGAAUUUGAUGUUUUAGCCGAGCUAGCUCAGUUAGCUGUUACCAAGGCAACGGUAGUCAACAGUUUAGCUAGCUCACUACCGAAGCGGUGGAUUUCUUUCAUAACAGCAGAUUUUUCCUCAGAGCACGUGGUUUGUCUUACACGCCGAAUUAAAGCACAUCGUUUUUAGAUGUACAGGAUUUAAGCAAAUCGUAAGUAUCUGUAUUUGUUAGUGAGGCGAGACGCGGAACGUCCUGAAGAGGUUCAUUUAUGAACGGACUUCGUGGUUAGCGUGUGCGUCGCUUUUCCUGCCUCUACUGGUCAGCUGGAAGCUACAACUAAGAUCCAGACUGGUUGUUUUUAGUUUCGUCGUGAGCGCAACACUUUUACAUUUCAUGCUUUUUAAUUUAAUAGAACAAAAAGUCAUCUGAGAAAUGUCUGUUUUUAAGCUACAGCAUGAACAGCUGUGGAAGAACAAACUGACUGAAGUUAAAGGAAAUAUUGCCUCAGAAGACUAAACCCGCGGUCACAAUGCAGACACACUGAGUUCAUGAACAUGGAGCAGUACAGUAUUCUGGGUCGGAUCGGUGAAGGAGCUCAUGGCAUCGUGUUCAAGGCCAAACACAUCGAGACAGGAGAGACGGUGGCUCUGAAGAAAGUGGCUCUGAGGAGGCUGGAGGACGGCAUCCCCAACCAGGCUCUGAGGGAGAUCAAGGCCCUGCAGGAGAUAGAGGACAACCAGCAUGUGAGAAGCAAAGCGUGUGACGCUCCGGUUUUCUCUGUUCAGGACCUGAAGCCAGCAAACCUCCUCAUCAGCUCCUCGGGUCACCUGAAGAUCGCUGACUUCGGCCUGGCUCGGCUGUUCAGUGAGCAGGGAGAGAGACUGUACAGCCACCAGGUGGCCACCAGGUGGUACCGAGCACCUGAGCUGCUGUACGGAGCCCGAAAGUACGACGAAGGAGUUGACCUGUGGGCGGUGGGCUGCAUCUUCGGCGAGCUGCUCAACUCGUCUCCUCUGUUUCCUGGAGAGAACGACAUCGAGCAGCUCUGUUGUGUCCUCAGAGUGUUAGGAACCCCGACGCAGGACAGCUGGCCUGAGAUCGUGGAGCUGCCCGACUACAACAAGAUCACCUUUAAGGAGAAUCCAGCGAUCCCAUUGGAGGAGAUCGUCCCUGAUACCUGCCCUCAGGCCGUCCACCUGCUCUACAAGUUCCUGGUUUAUCCGUCCAGGCAGCGCUGCUCGGCCCGACAGGCUCUCCUCCAUCCCUACUUCUUCUCCUCUCCACUUCCUGCUCAUCACUCUGAGCUGCCCAUCCCUCAGAGGGGGGGCCGUCCUCCCCGCCAGCGGCUGCAAGCUCCGCCCACCGACUUCUCGGUGGACCUGCCCCUGCAGAACAGCGUGGUCGACCCCGCACUCCUGCAGGGCCACGCCUCCUGCCUCUGAACCGACCAACCAGCUUCGCCGACUCACGUUUACCUGCUGCUGUAUUUAUU